UAAGUAUCCCUUUCCUUACAGUUUCUUUUUUUAUUUUACAUCGACGGAUAUUAAUUUGAAUUCCUAGCAGAAGAUAUGUGCACCAAAUUUUGUGAAAGAGGUGGCUUUUGGAAGGAAAUACGUUUGAAAAUGUAAAAAUUAACUGGGAGAGGAUCGUGUGUGUAUGAAUACGUUCCUGAACGACGAAUAGAGCACGUGAUCGGCGCAGGCGGUAGCGGCGUUGCCGGGAGAAUCGUCGAUCAGUCGGCAACGUUGCUCGGCACAGGAGAGAGAGACGGCCCGUCGUCGGCUGCAAGGGUGGCAUUUGCACUUGUGCGGCAAACACACCCAAUGUUUGUGUUUUCGAAUUUUUCGUGAUACUACGAGUGGUCGGUGGACGGUUCGACAAGGCAUGUAGCCCGGUAAUUAAAGACCCUCGAGAUGUGGACGACGACGAAAACGACGAAAUACGGCGUCGCUGUUUACAAUUGGCGAGGCGACGCUCCCAGGUACGGCCUCCCCCUGGAAAUCGGAGAGACGGUACAGAUCCUGGAGGAAUGUGCAGGCUGGUACAGGGGCUUUUCAACGAAGAAUCGCGCGGUCAAGGGGAUCUUCCCCAGCUCGUACGUUCACCUGAAACCGUGCAAGAUCGAAAACGAAGGGCUGUUCGAGUCGGUGAUACCUCUCGAGGACCCGGUCGUUCGCGAGGUAACUCUCGUGUUACGAGAAUGGGGCGGUAUUUGGAAGAGACUGUACGUGGAGCGGGAGAACUACAAGUUCAACACGCUGCGGAAAGUGAUGCGGGAGCUGUUGGAAUGGCGUCGACAACUUUUGGCCGGCACACUCACCACCGAUCAAACCCGGGAGUUGAAGCUGCGUAUCAUCAACAAGGUGGACUGGGGAAACCGGAAACUGGGCCUGGACUUGGUACCCCGUCAGGGUGCCCAUAUGGUGGACCCGGAUACUAUGUCAGUCGUUGAACUCUAUCACGUGCACGUGCAAAGCGCAGAGAACUCUCAGGGAGCUUCGGCGAGAGGAACGCUCAGGCGGAAGGAACAUAAGAAGAUAUUGACGCAUCACCUGUAUUUCUGCAUGAGGGAUUUCGGGCAUUCGAUUGGUGAAGAUGCCGAGAUCUAUUUUUCUCUGUACGACGCGAAACGGAAUCAAUACCUGAGCGAACGUUUCCUGGUGCGAAUCUCGAAGGAGGGUUUCUCUAGCUUUAUCGAGAAGAUACAUAGCAAUUGUACCAUAUUCACGGACUUGGGCAACUCGGACCUUAGCAGAGAUCUGUACAUGGUAGCGCACGUGAUGCGAUGCGGGAGGAUGCUCUACUCUGAUUCCGGUAAAAACAAAACCGGGACUGCGACUUAUAGGAGACCUCAUGGCGUAGCUGUACUGUCCCUCGCGGAAGCUACGCAAGACCACGAGGAACACGAAAUGACGUUCAAGGUGUAUCAGGGCGAAGAAAAGGACUUUCACCAGUUGCACGAGCAGAUAAUCCGCAACAACAAGUGUUCCCCACUUCCGGGCCAACCUAAUUACGGAAUAGUGGUUUCGCUGCGUGUUCUCCACGGCGAGUUGUCGCAAGUGCGGGAGGAGAAUCCCCUGCUCUUCAAGAAUAUCUGUCUAACGAGGAAACUUGGCUUCUCCGACGUGAUCAUGCCUGGCGACGUGCGGAACGACUUGUACCUGAAAUUGGAACGCGGCGAGUUCGAGCGCGGUGGAAAAUCCACUGGCAAGAACAUCGAGGUAACUAUUUUAGUGCUGGACGCGGAAGGACAACCGUUGGAAGGAUGUUUGUUCGGUGCGGCUGGCAUGGAAAGCAGUUCAGAGUACCAAAGUUUAGUCAUAUAUCAUCACAACAGUCCCUCGUGGGCAGAGACCGUUCGAUUAGCUAUACCUAUAGACAAGUUUUACAGUAGCCACGUUCGCUUCGAGUUUCGUCACUGUUCCACACGAGAGAAGAACGAUAAGAAGCUUUUCUCCUUCGCUUUCGUGCGUCUGAUGGAACCCGGCGGUGCCACGCUUCAGGACGGUCCACACGAGUUAUACAUUUAUAAAUGCGAGGACCGGACUAAACUAGACUCGCUAAGUUACCUUUCACUACCUAGCAGCGCCCGGGAACCGAACGUAACCGGUACGGCAGCGUUUUCGAGAUCCCCGAAAGAAGCAGUGUUCGUGCACACUUUGCUUUGCAGCACAAAAUUAACCCAGAACGUCGAUCUCCUCAGCCUGUUACAAUGGAAAGCUCAUCCCGAGAGGAUCUCCGAAGCCCUGGGUCGCGUGCUACGCCUCGACGGCGAGGAACUCGUCAAGUUCCUGCAGGAUAUUUUAGACGCGCUCUUUUCAAUGUUCCAUACAGAGGAUGGAAACUCGACGGCUCACUCGGGCCUGGUCUUCCAAGUGCUCGUAUCGAUCUUCAGUCUGCUCGAGGAUUCCAAGUUUGAGCAUUUCAAACCGGUGAUGGACGCUUACAUCUCCGGCCACUUUGCCGCAGCCCUCGUAUACAAAGGGUUGCUCAGCAGCGUGCAACAUUGCGCGGAUUGGGUGACUGCGGCGGAGAAACAGGAGCCGAUAAUCAAGUGUUUCUGCUCGCUGGAGUACAUCUUCAAAUUCAUUAUCCAGAGCCGUUUGUUAUUCGCUAGGGCGACCGCUGGCCAAUACGAGGACAGCUUCAAACGGGACUUGUACUGCGUAUUCGCUGCGCUGAACAAGAUGCUGGGCAUUCCAUACGAAAUGGUACUUCACUCUCAAAUAGCUUUGCUAUAUUCGAUCUCGGCUGUUUUCGAACAGUUAGUCGCGGUACUGCCGGUCCUUGAAGUAGCGAAACUUACUUGUACGAUGCUAGACUCCGUACCCCGAGAACCACCGUUGCAACUCACGCAAGCUAAGCUAACGGCUAUUAAGAAUCUAACGACUUCCACGUUGUUCCAAGAAGACGAUGAGAGCAGGAAUUUGUUGCUAGUCACCAUGUGUCGACACCUGAGGAUACACCUAGUCAGACGCGAGGAACUUCGUUCCUGCACCGAGAUCCUCGGUGAAAUCUUGAGCUUCCUGCACAAGAGGGGACGGGAUACGAACAAAGUGAACAACUGCAUCCAUCAUGACGUCGAAACCCUCUGCCUCUCCAUUCUAGAUGUGCUGAUACAGACAAUUCUGAUCGUGAUAAACACCAGCGGCCCGGUUCUCGGCUGCUUGGUGGCUUGCUUGAUAGGACUGCUUCAGCUUCUUGACGAAUAUCAUUAUGCUCGACUUUGGGAGGAGCUGACGCACGCUGGCGAACGCAAACCUUUGAAGGAUUUCCUUUUGAGAGUGUUUCUCGUCCUCCGCGAUCUUGUCAGGCAAGAAGUCUUCCCACCCGACUGGCUGGUGAUUCGAAUGCAAGCGAACAACGUGAUACUCAAGUCUCUUCAGGAGCUCGCCCAACCACUGGCUUUCCGUUUCUUGCACGGCAGUUUCGACUCGCAGCUCUGGUCGACGUACUUCAACCUAGCAGUAGCCUAUCUUACACAACCGUCUCUGCAACUCGAGCAGUUCUCCGAAGUGAAGAGGGAGAAAAUCGUCGAGAAGUACGGGGACAUGAGAGUAUUGAUGGGCUUUCAAAUCCUUUCGAUGUGGUCCUAUCUUAACGAUCGAAAAUUAGAAUUCAUUCCUGGGAUGGUCGGACCAUUCCUGGAGGUCACUCUAGUCCCUGAGAGCGAACUGAGGAAAGCGACAUUGCACAUCUUCUUUGAUAUGAUGGAAUGCGAACAAAGGGCUCGAGGUAGCUUCAAAUCCGUCGAGUCCGAGCUGAUCGACAAGCUGGAUAUCUUGAUCAGUGAAAACAAAGGCGACGACGAGUACAGGCGGUUGUUCAAUACAAUGGAGCAUCUUAGCGCUGUAUUAUUGGAUAGGGUUCAAUCGGAGGAUCCAGCAUGGAAGGACAGCGGAACCGCUUUCAUCACGUCAAUUACGCGUUUGCUGGAAAGGCUAUUGGAUUACAGGAGCGUGAUACAGGGGGACGAGAACCGAGACAAACGAAUGUCGUGCACCGUUAAUUUAUUGAAUUUUUAUAAGAACGAAUUUAAUCGAAAGGAGAUGUACCUGCGUUACAUCUACAAGCUUCACGAUCUUCACUUGGCCGCGGAGAAUUAUACGGAAGCCGGGUUCACGAUGAAGCUUUACGCCGACCAGCUUGGCUGGGGCUCAACGAUUUUACCGCCGGAUCACGCACACCCCCAACAGCCAGAAUGGCAGAGGAAGGAAGUCCUCUAUCACAAAAUAAUUCACUACUUGGACAGGGGCAAGUGUUGGGAAAAGGGCAUUCCCCUUUGCAAGGAGCUGGCAGUAUUAUACGAGACCAGGUUGUACGAUUACGCAAAACUGAGUCACGUGUUGAAGUUGCAAGCCAAGUUCCUGGACAACAUACUCACGCAACUUCGACCAGAACCAGAGUAUUUUAGAGUAGGCUUCUACGGGCUUAGUUUCCCUCUCUUCGUUAGGAAUAAGCUGUUCAUUUAUCGCGGUCUAGAGUACGAAAGAAUAGGGGCGUUCACACAACGACUUCAGACUGAAUUUCCAAGCGCACAAAUUUUGAUGAAGAACUCUCCGCCCGACGAGAGCAUCCUUACUUCCGAGGGACAAUAUAUACAAAUAUGUAACGUGAAACCGAUCCCGGAAGAAAGUAGCCUAGCCUGCCGAGGGGCGGAAGUGCCGGAACGAGUGGUCGCGUUCUACUUAGUGAACGAUGUCCGAAAGUUUAUAUUCGAUCGACCGCUUCACAGAGGCCCCGUCGAUCGCGAGAACGAGUUCAAGUCUCUUUGGAUCGAGAGAACCACGCUAACCACCGAAGCAAAGCUGCCUGGUAUACUUAGAUGGUUCGAGGUGAUCGAGAAGAGAUCCGAGUUGUUGGCGCCUGUACAGUACGCUUGCGAGACUAUGCAAAGCGUGGAACGCGAGCUGAGGAGGCUUGUCGCACAGUACACUGCCGAACCACAUCGAAACAUUAAUCCUUUUAGUAUGCGACUUCAGGGAAUCAUCGACGCAAACGUGAUGGGUGGUAUCACAAAGUACCAAGAAGCCUUUCUCACUCCCGAAUUCGCUAGACAGAAUCCGGAUAUGGUGCCGCACGUGAACAGACUGAAGGGUUUGAUUCUUGAUCAGAUGAGUGUUCUAGAGGCCGGACUGAAUUUACAUGGACAGAUCGCACCGCUUGGUGUGCAACCGUUGCACAAGAGGCUGAUCGAGAGAUUCACACAGUUGAAGCAGGGCCUCGGCCCCUUAGCGAGGCAACGGACUGUUCACCAAGACAGCAUCGUCAAUUCCCCGUUACCACCGUUGCCCGUUAACGAAAGGCAGCGACCAGCCACGUUAGAAACGGCCGGCUCUAGAUCCUCUCACGCGGACAGCGACGGUCUGCCAGAAGACGAGGGUUUCUACACUAGAGUCGACGGCGGACCACCUCCGAUUCCGCAACGAGAAGUGCGGCCUCGGUCAGUGGGUUACGGGACAACUCCACCCAGACCCACGCAUCAGAGAUCUCUAAGUAAACCCUUGAGCCCGAAGUUACCGCUGCGACAUUCUUUGCCGACGCCGACGGACGGUGUCGAUCAGACCGGUUUGAGAACCUCGUGGAGUGAGCCUGGUCCAGAGCCGGCUCCUCCGUUGCCGCCCAGAGGUUGCACACCGGACAAGAGAGACUCGAAUACGAAUACCGUGCCACCCGCGCCGCCGAAACGUUUAACUUAUAAACGUAACACAGAAUGGAGCACGGACGACGACUCGGAAGCGCAAAACGAGCCGAAUGACCUUCGCGACAGCGGUAUAUCAACGGCGAGUUUAUUAGAUUUCCAGUCGCAUUUGACUAACUUAAAUAACCUCGGUUAUGAGGACUUCGAACCGCGAACGAGGUGUAAUGAUAUCAUGAAUAUUUCACCGCCGUCCGUAAUAAACGUGCUCAACGUUUCGACGGGGAAUUUCGCGAGCGGCAUGUUCCAGGGCACCCAUUCGUUGCCGAGUCAAGAGGUGAAUCCGCCACCGAUACCGCCGAAGGCGCAUCAGGAUACACCAUCAGCGCCGUCGACUUUGGAAAGAGUGUCGAAUCGGUCGCAGUCGCACGCUCAUUCGGAGAAUUACUCGGUGCCAAAGAUGCAAACGUUAUCCAUGGCUUCCGACACUGAGAGCACCGUGUAGCAACGACGAAUCUCCUAGUCGCUAGUCGUACCGAUUAUCCGCGAUGUGCCUGUGUCAUAUCCUAAGCGGUUCCAGCACAUAGAGAUAUGAGAAUUGACUAUCGCCCAAAUGGAAGACGUCCGAUCAGCCGAUUGAGAGAAAGGAAAAUGAAUAGCAAAGUUUCUUUUUCUAUUUGCUUGUGAAAGAGAGUCAAAAACUGAUCGAAAGUAUGUUUUUUCUAUCCUUUACAAAGACAUUAUGGCAUCACGAGUAUCGAAAAUUGCCCCAGUUUGGAAGAUGAUUACUCAGCAUCAAAUCAAGCACAGAUUUUUAAUUUGUUACACUCCUACGACAGAGAGUGCUAAAAUCUGAGGGCAAGUUUGAAAUUUUUAAAUUAGCAAAGCUUCACAAAUAGUGUAUAUUGGACGCUUGGUCUGUUCUCCUAUUUUUAUGUUCGAGCACCGAGGCAUUUGAUAUCCGCACAUCGACGUAUACAUACAUACAAAUUAUAUAUCUUUGCGUAAGAGAACUCUGUAAUAAUCGAAAUGAAAUCUUCUAUUGCGUAACUCGACAUCACCGUGUAUAACGUAUCUUAGUAGAAAACACGGUACCGAAAGGCUGAGGUCGACCAACAUGACUAUCAUUCAGUAAUUAACGUUUCACGGUCGCGCCAUUACUUACCCUUACCGUGUUCUUCCGUUCAUUCGAACGGAAGUCGACUGUCUGGUAGCGCUCGACAUCGUCGUGUACGAUGCCGUUCCGAUCUUUACGUUAAAUGCGAUGAUCUUCCGAAUACUACUUUAACUGUAUUUUGUAAUUUAUUUAUAUUUUCGAUGAGAAUAAAGCUAAUUUUUACCAACGAGACUUAA